AUUUCUCCCGCAAGAGCAUGAAAGUCCCGCAAGAGCAUGAAUGUCCCCCCAUCCGUGCGUGAAAGUCAUGGGCCGGAAGGCAGAAUGUUCUGGCUCCUCCGCCAGCGUGUCCAGCAGCAGCGGGAAGAGCAAGCCAUGAAUGAAGCCCGUUCCCGCUGGCAGCUGCAGGGCCCAAGACCAGCGGGGCCAGGUUGGAUCCCACCAUUGCGGGGCACCAUCCCCCAGCCUCUGGAUCACUUCGACUGGCAACACAGACGCACGUUUAACCAGCAAUUCUGGAUAAAUGAGCAAUACUGGAAGCGUUCCACGGGGCCCGUUUUCCUCUACAUUGGGGGGGAAUCCGCCCUCUCGCCGUUCUCUGUAGUGGUUGGGCAUCACGUGGAAUUGGCCGAGAAGCACGGAGCCCUCCUGGUUGCUCUGGAGCACCGCUUCUACGGGUCCAGCCUCAACCAUGAUGGUUUGCAGGAUCAGAACCUUCUAUUCUUGUCCAGUCAGCAAGCUCUGUCUGAUCUCGUGGCCUUCCACCAUUUCAUCACCCAGAAGUACAACUUGGCGGCGAAUCACACCUGGAUUUGUUUUGGAGGCUCGUACCCUGGUUCCUUGGCGGCCUGGCUGAGGCUUAAGUUUCCCCACCUGGUCUUUGCUGCUGUUGCAUCUUCUGCCCCGGUGAGAGCCCAGCUGGAUUUCACAGGCUACAACAAGGUUGUCGCUGCAAGUCUGUCGAAUCCAGUGGUUGGAGGUUCCAAUGAGUGCCUGCAAAUGGUGAGAGAAGCCUUCUCUGCCGUGGACAGCCUGGUGCGGGCCAGGCGGCUGGCCAAACUUGCUGUGGAUUUCCGCUCCUGCAGGCCUUUGGAGGGGGACAGGGACUGUCAGGACCUGGUCGGCAACCUGGCCGACAUCUUCAUGGGAGCCGUGCAGUACAACAACGAAGGGGUCCAGUGGGCCAACGUGCACAGCCUGUGCAACAUGAUGACCAACAGCAGCACGGGCUCUCCGUAUCAGAGGCUCGUUGCAGUCAACCUGGUGUUUUUGCCCAGUUUGGGGCUGCAGUGCAUAGAUGCCUCUCACAAGGACGUGCUGGAGGAGCUGCGCAGCACCAGCAUCGCAACGUCGGACGGCAUGAGGCAGUGGUACUUCCAGACCUGCACUGAAUUCGGCUACUACCCAACCUGCGAGGACCAAGCCUGCCCCUUCUCCCGCCUAAUGAACUUGACCUUCCAGCUUGACAUCUGCACAGAAGUCUUCAACAUCUCCUCUCACAAUGUGGGGGAAGCCGUGUCUUUCACCAAUGACUAUUAUGGGGCCGACCAUCCCAAAGCCAGUCAAGUCCUUUUCGUUAACGGUGACAUUGAUCCCUGGCAUGCCCUGAGCGUCCUCAAGAACGAGUCCAUUUCCGAACCGGCCAUUUUAAUCAACGGCGCUGCCCACUGUGCCAACAUGUUGCCAUCCAAUCCCAUGGACCCCUUGCCCCUUGUCCAGGCCAGACAGCAAAUUGCCUUCUGGGUUGGCAAGUGGCUGAAUUUAACAAAAAUUCAUUGAGACACCUGGACACACAGAAAGAAAGAAAGAAAGAAAGAAGCUGGACUGGUUUGGGUAGCCAGAGAUGCGAAGCAGAACUGUUUGGGCUUGUCUUUGCUUAG